UUUUUAAUAAGAAUAUUUGAAAUAAACUGCCCCAGUUAGAUCAAAAUCAAGGUCGCCAAUACAGCCAUGAUAAUAAGCUGUUCUUAAGAUAGUAUUUUUAUGAUUAUGAGAGUUGGUAAGGCGGUGCUGUUUUAGUCAUCAUGUACUAAAUUGAGUACGAUAUAAGGAAGAAAAAUUAUUGUUACGAUUUACCGCCACCAGGCGCCUGCACAAAUAAUGGACAAUCGUAGUUCUCUAGUUAUCACCAAGAGCGUUUUUUGAACUCCUUUUAAAAUAAUGUAAAAUAAUGAUUUUAAUUAAAAUAUUGUAAGAUAAUGAGUUUAAUUUAAAAAUUGUAAAAUAAUGAUUUUACACUAAAACGAAUCGAAAAUAUUGAACGAGGAUUUGUCACUACAAAAGCAACACACGGCUGAAUCACUAUUAUGUAAAUUGCGUUAUAACAGUACUGUGGAAGGUAGUAAUUCAGUAGAAAGUUGUGGUUGUGAUUGGUGCAGUAUGUCGAAACAACCAAAGGAUGGUCUGCGUCAGAAGAUUAUGUACCUCUUCAAAGGUCCAAGAACAUCGAGCAUACCAAGUGCAUCUGGUAUACAAUCAAAAUCAGAGGAAUUUAUCAUAACAGAAGACAGACUCAGAGAUAUCUCACCUGAAUCACACCUCAAUCAUAGGAUCAAAGCAAUAAAGGAGCUCUGCGAUGUGGUAACAACUAAACGAUUAGAAGACAAUGCUAUUGAGGCUUUGUGGGUGAGGAUAGCAGACUUGCUGGAGCCACAGGCCCCAGCAGAAUGCCGUCAGCUUGUUCUGGGUUUCAUGAAGGCCACUAUUAUUGGUCAGUAUAAGAGCCUGAACAUGAUGCGGGCACAUUUCUUCACCGUGAUUGCGAAUCAUUCGGUUUUUGAGGAUCUACCGAUGAGACUGCUUGUAUUUAAGGCAUUGUCUGAUCAUGGUAAGAAUUUACUACAUUUUGAGGAAGACACUGGACCGUUUCUGCUCGUCUGGAUGCCAGAUGUGAUUAGCUAUGGCAGGACCUCCGAGUUCUUACCUGUGCUUCUGAAUGUAAUCAAGUACAAUAGCUGUUACUUAGAUGAUGACAUCGUGGAAGGACUCGUCAAGCACACCUGCUCUGUCUGUAUGUUGCCUGAACCAGAAGGAGAUAUUGAGCAAGCCUUGGCUGUAUUGGAUGCUGUCGUCUGCUACAGAAACCUGCCUACAGAGUCACUACAUCGCUUCAUCACAACGCUGUGCAGGAUGCUGAGUGUGGAAGAAUUCUGUAAGGCCAGUUGGGAGCUGAUGAGAAAAAUGUUGGGUACACAUCUUGGCCAUGGUGGUAUUUAUAAGAUGUGCUGUAUUCUGGAAGAUAGGCAGAACCUUCUGGAACCGAAGCUGCUGAAAGGUGCUGUGUUUUUCAUUGGCAUGGCAUUGUGGGGCUCUGGACGAGUGCCGUCCCUGAAGUACAGUCCAACUUCUGUCCUACCAUCAUUCAAACAGGCUUUAGCCUGCAAGAAUGCAUCGGUAGACAAUGAGGUUGGACUCAACAUUAAUCGACUGGUUAAGAAAUAUGGCCGCCAUCUCCAAUUAGUCACUUGGGACAGUAUAUUGGAGAUAAUUGCAAUAUUGUUCAAAAAAGUGCAGAAGCAGCACCCCACACCCAAGGAGACGGAGACUCAGAAUAUGGUGCAGGAGCUUCUGACGUCAGUAGAGGAAUUGUACGAGAAGAGCAUGUUCAAUGGCUCUGCCACAGAUCUCUUCGAUGUCAUUGAAAGAUUUUCUCAUAUCAGACCAGAAAGCUCUGUGCUGCUGUUGGUGAGCUACAGGGCGCAGGCUAUACACCCUACUAGAGAAGAGUGGAUACAUAACAUGCAGCAUCUGAUGGAAAAAUACUUCAAGAACGAGACACGAAUGGUGAUCAGGGAGAAGAUUUUGAACGUUCUCUCGUACGUCCUCAGUCAAACAAGUCAUCUAUAUGAGGAAGAGUUGAUUAAAGCAUUAGUACUACCGUAUCUUAGCAAUAUCCAGGAGGAUGCAGACACAUGCGUUAGGAAUGUGGCUGUCCAGUUAUUGGUCGAUGUGGCGAUGGACUGCCAGACACCUCAGUGCAUUGAUAUUCUUCUGAUCUUGGAAAAGGUUGUUAUGAAGCCAAUGGUUGGUAGGCAAGUAGACAGUGAUGAUCUGGAUGAUGAUCUUGUUGACAUAUGUACAGCUGUUAAAGGCCUUUUAGACUUGUUCACUACUAAGCUUAUGAAGCUGCCCUCAAGUCAUGCGGUGAUAGCAUUCGAUAUCUUGGUGAAGCAUAUUCAGUCUCACUACAGUAACCACUACACAUCUAAGCUAGCUGGCAAAAUUAGAUGUCAGCAAUUUCAUUGUCUGAUGCAACUAAGAGCAGAUACUAAUUUCCGUCUUGGUCUUCCAAAUAAGGACGGUGUUCUCCAGUUCAGUCCAUAUGUAUUAUGUGAUCACAGGUAUGAUGAUACCAUGGGCAAGACCUCUCCGCCAAGCAUGCCAACAUCGCCCUCUGUUGACAAGACCAGCCAGAUAACGGUUAUUCCAUUUAUAGAGGCCUUUAAGACUGUUACCAUCUGUUUGAAAUAUGAGACUGAUUGGAGAGUUCUUGAGCAGGUUUUGUGUGACCUUGCCCGAGCUUUGCAGAACAAAACGCUAAUCAUUGCAGCCAAUGGGGAUCUUGAUGUUUUCUGUGAAACAGUCGGUGCAUUGAUCAACCAGAGGACACACCAGCAACUAACGAACAAGCCCGCAAACUUUGCUCGCAUAGAUUACUUCCAUCGAGUGUUUGACGUCAUCACGGCCACGCUCUCUUAUCACAGCUUCCUUAACUUCAAAUCAAAGAACUGUCUUGUGCACUGCCUAGAGAUGGGGUUAAAGUUGAAGUGUGCUCAGCAGUGUGUAGAUGGACUGACGAUUUGCACGAUUGAGAUGCAAAGUUUGAUGUUGAGGUUGCUACCGGGGAUACUCUUAGGACUGUCCACGUUAUCAGCUACAAAGACCAUGGCGCUACCAGUGCUGGAGUUUCUCUCAGGUAUUAUUUGGUCUCCUUGUUUGUACAAGAAUUUCGUGGAAAAAGAGUACAUGGCAAUAUUUGCUAUUGCAUUACACUAUACUGACCUUCGCAAGUUCAGUAUAUAUGUGGUAUCAAUGGCCCACCAUGUGAUCAGUAUGUGGUUUAUUAAGUGUCGUCUGCCAUUCAGAAGGACCUUUCAAAAGGUCAUUGCCAAGGGUUUGAAAGCAAAUGUAUUAGCAUCAACAGAAGAGAGAGACCGCUACCGAUUGAGAAGAAGUAGCAGCCUUAAUGAAAAGAAAAAUGGUCACUUUGUUCUGAAGAAAGGUAGUAAAGAGGAAAAGCACACCCAGGAAAUUGUCACAAGUCCAGAUGAUGAGGUUUACCAGGAACUGAACUCACUCCUUACGGAAACCUGUAUGGAUAUGAUGGCUCGCUAUACAUUCUCCUCCUGUACAACUCAACCGAAAAGGUUGCCUGUUGAAGAGUUUCUUUUUUCUGGAGGUCAGACACAGAGCUGGUUGCUAGGCAAUAAAGUUAUCACCAUAACAACAAGUGGUGGGAGUUCUCGGAUGUUCAAAAAUGGUGUCUGUGAGAAAUGCAAUGGGUUAUUUCAGCAAGAAGUUGCAAAAGAAGCCGACACAUUCUCAGCUAUGAAUGUUGAUGACAGCAGCGGCUACAGACUCACCCAGAUCAGCGGAGUAUUAAAAUCUGAAAGCAGUGACAUUUUAAAUGUAUCCAUCCAAUCGACUGGUGAUACCGAUGCCGGAAGUAAUGCUUUCCCGCGACUAAAAGAUAAAGAUACUCAUGUUAGCAGUUAUGAUGACAUGUUGAACGUUCCAAAACCAUCUGGAAGAGGAAGCCGGUCUGAUUCUUCUCUGGCGGCAUCAUCUGCAGCAUCCUUAAGACCCAGGUCUUCUCCACGAAGAUCAUCCAGUGAUACUGGACCUAGUAGCAACAAUGUGUUCUUCCCAGCACUUACAUCACCACGACCAGUAUUACAGUACAACUGCACAUGCUGGUGCCAAGGUUGGGCAGAGAUCUACAUCCGGCGAUCAACUGGCAACAUGUCGUGGACUAUGCGGGUUCAGAAUCAGAGAAAGCUUGUGCCAUUUGAAGCGGAGCUUCCAUUGAGGGACAUAUCCUCCCUUCUGUUGGCAAAUUUAAAACUGAAAUCAGAUGGAUGGAAAAUGCCAAAUAUUGCUAAAGCUGAACAAUCAACAGAAAAAGAUGAGGAUUUAAGCUUACCAGAGCCUGCAAUACCCUCUGUUGAAUCAACACCUUUUAACAAGAAAAAGUUGAUUUCGAGCAUUGCAGAAAGUGAAGAACCAUCUGAAGAGAUGCAACCAAUCGUUUCAAUUGUAACCCCUUCCGUGAUUGUGGAAUCUCCCGAUUCCCAACAUGAGUUUCUGGACGUGUCAUUCGAAGAUCAAGAUCAUGAUAUGGAUUUUGAGAAACCAGAAUUGGGUGCAUCUCCUCAUCAAAAAGGUCCCUCAAAGUAUGAAGACCACCUCUCUAAAAAGCCAAGGUUUAGCAAGAUGGAGGCAUUUAUGAGCUUAGUUGAAAAAGACAUACAAGGCUUGAGUCAGUACAAUGUUUCUGAUGCUUUCUAUCCAAUUCACAAAUCUGAUUCCUCACCUGCAAUUUUCAGUCAAGUAGAUGGUGACGAAGAGGAUAACCUGGAUAUGUACACAUCUGGUGAAACGCAGUUGAGCUCGGGUGUAGGUGAAUAUAAGCAGCCACACUCUUACACCAAUGCUUGUAUGUUAGAGGAACUCUUUGAGAAGAAUGAUGACGAUGAUGAUGAUGAUGAAUCUGCAGUGAACAAAGACUUGAAACUUUCGAAGGAAUCCAUGCCAAAACUGAGUUGUAGUAAUACAAAUUUGGUUGAAUUGGAGAAAGACCAGGAACUGACUGCAAGCCUUACCGAUACGGCCGCUGCCACAAGCCUUACAGAUACUGCUGCUGUCAAGUCGCGGCAGAUCCCUACACGAACUGAUCAGACUAUCCAGGUUAACAUGAGUGCAUCACCAACAGCAAGACUUCUCCAGACCCAAAAAGAUGGAAGUCAUUUGGAUACACAAGAGGUGAUCUCACAAAAAGGAACCUACCAACCACCUUUGUCACUAGAUGAUAACUUUGCUCCUUUGCGGCGCCCUCGAGGUCACACUAUCUCUACGGGUAAUCCACAGGAAAACACAUUUAGCUUCAACCAUCCAGAGACUGACCGUUCAAAGAGAUCCGGGUCAUUUGUUGGCAGGGAAUCAGACAAGCAGGGUGUAAAUCCAAGCUUUGUUUUUCUGCAACUCUAUCACUCACCAUAUUUUGGAAAUGAGCAAGAUCGUCCGUUGACGCUACAUACUGGCCAGGUUGUCCAAAGAGCUAUUAAAGUAUUGGAUCGCAUACCACCAUAUGAUGCCCAUAAGAUAGGCGUGGUCUAUGUUGAGCAUGAUCAGGUUGACAACGAGACAGCUAUACUCUCAAAUGUGUAUGGAUCUUCGAGAUACGUGGACUUCCUCCGUGGACUUGGAACUCUGAUUUCACUGACGAAUGUCAAUCCGUCUGAGGUGUACACAGGUGGCCUGGAUCAUAGUGGCUCUGAUGGGAAAUUUGCAUAUAGUUGGCAAGACGAUAUGAUGCAGGUAAUAUUUCAUGUGGCAACGUUAAUGCCAAAUAAGGAAUCUGAUCCUCACUGUAACGGGAAGAAGCUCCACAUCGGCAAUGACUAUGUCACGAUUGUAUACAACCAGAGUGAACAAGAUUAUCGCCUUGGAACAAUAAAGGGCCAGUUUAAUUUUGUUGAAAUCAUUAUUGAACCUCUGGACAAUGAAACUAACCUGGUCACAGUUCAAGCUAAGCAAGAAUUAAAAGAAAUGCUCGGAUGUCGUGGACCAAAGAUGAUAUCUGACCGCCGAUUGCCAUUAUUAGUCCAACUUGAUUUCUUCCAGAUAGAUGCAGUAUCAGGACUACAGAAAGCAGAGAAAAAUAGGAAUUCAAACUCGUGGGUCGUCUUGAACUCGUGUCGCCUUAUAAGCGAGGAGAUACGGUAA